UGCGAGCAGUAAGGAGACGUCUAGUGUUUCCGAGCGUUCACAAAGGUUGCAACUCAGAAGAGGGCGAAGGAGGUGGGGGAAAAGACGAUCCAUUGGCAUUAGACCCAGCUACUGGCACCAGGACUCGGAGCUUUCCUCCGAGUAACCACCUGCAGAAAACGCGCUUCCCCACCCCUGAACCGCCCGUCUCUAACAUGUGUCGGAUCUAAUAUUGACUGUGGCUCAGAGCGGACAAGGAAUAUUCUACCGAUUCGGUGGAUGUAUCCAGGUGCUUUCUUUUUGUGGAGAUGCACACGAUUAUGAGUUUUCGUUCUUUGUUUCUGCCUCUCUUCUGGGGCUUAACGGCCGGAGGGUCCCAGAGUGUGCAGAUAGGGGGUCUUUUCCCAAGGGGCGCGGAUCAGGAGUACAGUGCUUUUCGGAUAGGGAUGGUUCAAUAUGUUACCCCCGAAUUCAGACUGACGCCCCACAUUGACAAUCUGGAAGUAGCAAACAGUUUCGCUGUCACCAAUUGUUUCUGUUCCCAGUUCUCCAGAGGGGUCUACGCCAUAUUUGGUUUCUACGACAAGAAGUCUGUCAACACGAUAACGUCGUUCUGUGGCACCCUCCAUGUGUCCUUCAUCACGCCCAGCUUCCCGCUGGACGGAACCCAACAGUUCAUCAUCCAGAUGCGUCCAGACAUCAAGGGGCCCCUUCUCAGCCUCAUCGAGUACUACAAGUGGGAGAAGUUCGCCUACCUGUACGACAGUGACCGAGGUCUGACCACACUCCAGGUGGUGCUGGACACAGCGGCGGAGCGGAAGUGGCACGUGACGGCCAUCAAUGUGGGAAACAUGAAGGACGAGCGCAAAGAUGAGGCCUACCGCUCACUCUUCCAGGACCUGGAGACCAAGCAGGAGAAGAGGGUCAUCUUGGACUGUGAGCAGGACAAGGUCAAGGACAUCAUGGAACAGGUCAUCACCAUCGGUCGACAUGUGAAGGGAUAUCAUUACAUCAUUGCAAACUUGGGCUUCAUGGAUGGAGACUUAUCAAAGAUCCAGUAUGGAGGAGCGAAUGUCUCUGGGUUCCAGAUUGUUGACUUUGAUGACCCCAUGGUAUCCAAGUUUGAUCAGAUGUGGGACACACUGGAGGAGAAAGAGUAUCCAGGAGCAGACAGUAAAAUCCGGUACACCUCUGCGCUGACAUAUGAUGCGGUGCACGUGAUGACGGAGGCCUUCCGCUACCUGCAAAAACAGCGCAUCGACAUCUCCCGCCGCGCCAACACUGGAGACUGCCUGGCCAACCCAGCUGUGCCCUGGCAACAGGGCGUUGAGAUUGAGCGCGCUCUUAAACAGGUGAAAGUUGAGGGACUCACAGGAAAUAUCCAGUUUGACCAACACGGGAAGAGAGUGAACUACUCAGUGAAUAUCAUGGAGCUGAAGAAUAAUGGACCAGUCAAGAUUGGAUACUGGAAUGAGGUUGACAAAAUGGCGGUCACAAAAUCAGAUCUGUUUCCCAAUGACACCAUGGGUUUGGAAAACAAGACUGUGAUAGUAACAACAAUUCUUGAAGCUCCAUAUGUGAUGCUAAAGAAGAACGCAGACAUGUUUGUGGACAAUGAGCGGUACGAGGGCUACUGUGUAGACCUGGCUGCUGAGAUCGCCAAGCACUGUGGCUUCAAGUACCAGCUCAAAAUUGUGGGAGAUGGGAAGUAUGGCGCUCGUGACGCUGAGACAAAGAUCUGGAAUGGAAUGGUUGGAGAGCUAGUUUAUGGGAAAGCUGAUGUGGCGAUAGCACCUCUCACUAUUACCCUGGUCCGAGAAGAGGUUAUUGACUUCUCCAAGCCUUUCAUGAGCCUGGGCAUCUCCAUUAUGAUCAAGAAGCCCCAGAAGUCCAAGCCGGGGGUCUUCUCCUUCCUGGACCCGCUGGCUUACGAGAUCUGGAUGUGCAUUGUGUUUGCCUACAUUGGCGUGAGCGUGGUGCUCUUCCUGGUCAGCCGAUUCAGCCCCUACGAGUGGCACACAGAAGAGUACGAGGACGGACAGAUCCAGACCAGCGAGUCGACCAACGAGUUUGGGAUAUUCAACAGCCUCUGGUUCUCCCUGGGGGCCUUCAUGAGACAGGGCUGUGACAUCUCACCCAGGUCUCUGUCUGGACGUAUUGUCGGAGGUGUGUGGUGGUUCUUCACCUUAAUCAUAAUCUCGUCCUACACGGCUAACCUGGCUGCCUUCCUGACUGUGGAGAGAAUGGUGUCUCCCAUCGAGAGCGCCGAGGACCUGGCUAAACAGACUGAGAUCGCUUAUGGCACGCUAGACUCCGGAUCAACCAAAGAGUUCUUCAGGCGUUCUAAAAUUGCCCUUUUUGAUAAAAUGUGGACAUACAUGCGCGGCGCAGAGCCCUCUGUGUUUGUCAAAACGACGGCCGAGGGGGUGAUGCGGGUGCGCAAGUCCAAGGGCAAGUACGCCUACCUGCUGGAGUCCACCAUGAACGAGUACAUCGAGCAGCGCAAGCCCUGCGACACCAUGAAGGUCGGGGGCAACCUGGACUCCAAGGGAUACGGCAUCGCCACGCCAAAAGGAUCUUCAUUAAGAAAUGCGGUUAACCUCGCAGUUCUAAAACUGAAUGAACAAGGCCUCUUGGACAAAUUGAAAAACAAAUGGUGGUACGACAAAGGAGAGUGCGGCAGCGGGGGAGGUGAUUCCAAGGAGAAGACCAGUGCACUCAGCCUGAGCAACGUGGCUGGCGUAUUCUACAUCCUGGUGGGCGGUCUGGGCCUGGCCAUGCUGGUGGCCUUGAUCGAGUUCUGUUACAAGUCGCGCGCCGAAGCCAAGCGCAUGAAGGUGGCAAAGAAUACACAGAAUAUUAACCCCUCUUCCUCGCAGAAUUCACAGAAUUUUGCCACUUAUAAGGAAGGGUACAACAUGACCUUCACGGACGCGAUGCGGAGUAAAGCGCGGUUGUCCAUCACGGGCAGCACGGGGGAGAAUGGGCGAGUGAUGACUCCUGAGUUUCCCAAAGCAGUGCAUGCGGUGUCCUAUGGUGGCCCUGGGGGCAUGGCCAUGAACGUCAGCCUCACCGAUCUCUCCUAACGGAACACUACACAGCCAGUGCCUUACGCUCCACAGCAGUCUCUCCUGUUAUUCUGCCACUGUUUAUUUCACAUACCACCUCCUCUCUCUCUCUCUCUUUCUCUCUCUCUUUUCUUUUGACUGCCUUUAUUUCAUAUCCCUUAUCUCUCUUUCUCUCUUUGUUUUCUGUGUAUUUCAUCUCUGAUUCCCUCACUCUCUAUUAUCUCGUAUUGUCUUGUUCUGUUCUUUCUCUCUCUCUUUUUCCUAUUUACCUUGGUUGAAUGGCUUUCAGUUGAUAUCACAGAGAUAUUUUUUUCUCUGUCCUUUGUCAAAGAAAGGCCCCCUUCUCUUAUUGGUAUUGGAUUCUAUGGAUACAAAGGAAUGCCUUGUCUUUGUGCACCAACGACAUCAUUCCGAUCCCUUAUCUUUUAAAAAUGUUGAUUUUAUUUCAUUUAUUAAUCUUUUUGUGAUCUGGAGAUGCAGUUUGACUGACGUCCACAGCUGCUCUGGAAAGACCUGCACUUGAAACUAGGAGAUUGGAAUGAUUGGGGUCUCAUUGUUACGACACAUCUGUUUCCGUAGCUACUACAACAAGAUUAUGAAUCCAUUUUAACUCAAGCACAUGUGACUUCAUCUGCAUCAGGAUGUGAAAAUGUUUUCUUCUUUUUUUUAAUAAAAUUAUAAUAAAAAAACUAAAAAUGUUUUUAUGUAUUUUCACAAACAGAUGGCUUUUAAAUAAUGCUUACAUACCAGUUAAAAAUGUGUGUUUAAUAUAUAUAUAUAUAUAUAUAUAUAUAUAUAUAUAUUUUUGAAAACAUGUAAAAAAAAAUAUUAAUACUUAAUAAAAAAUACAAAAAAUACAUAAAAAUAAAAAACGGCCUAGCUACUAGUAUAAUAUUUUUAAAGCCAAAUAUGUUACUUAUUGGGGUGAAACACUUAGGUCAUGUAAUUUAUGUUUUUUUUCUCUGUGUCUUCUAUUUUAACAUUCAGUGGAAAUAUGAAAAACAAAUCUACUUAGCAGUGCUUGACAUUUAAAAUCACAUGUCUUAUUUUUUGUAUGCUGUUUCCCCCCCUUUUUUUGGUGACACAGUUCUUUGUUUUCCUUGUGUGUGUUUGCUUUAAGACAUUUUUGCUGUUUGUGUUUUCUUUGCCAAGGGUCAGGGUAGCAGUUUCACUUUCAGACAUUUUAAAAGCAGUUUACACAUUAUGAAUGCAAAAAAAUAAAUAUGACAUUACUGCAUAUGUUUUGCUGUGACGUAGGAGUAUACACAUCAACAAAAUUGCCAAAUAAUCUGGCGUGCCAAAAGUAGACAUGACUAUAGUCCCAAGUAUAGCCAGUCGCUGUCAUCAAAAUGAAUGUAGUGGGCGCAUUCUUUAAGUUUUGUAAUUAAAUGUACAGUUUGAUGGCUAGUGCAGUGGUUUUUACUGACAGGCUUUCUGUUAUGUUUUAAAUCUGAUCGCAGUGCAAGGUCAUGUUUGCUGCAUGUCACAUCUUAUAAUUUCCUUUGCAAUGAAACUGUUAUCUAUUACCGUCAGAAUAAUCUGUUAUCGGUGAGAUGUUGAGUUUGUGAGACAAUAAUGACAAACUUCUAAUGGAUUUUCUCAUCUACAUCUCAAUAUCCUCCAUGCUCCAGUUUUGGACACUUGCUGUGCCCUUUCAAAAACUUAAUUUAAUAAUCUUUAUUUUCAUUUUAUUAUUUCCGUUGACAGUGUCAUUAAGCUGUAUGCUUGUAAUUGCAAUUUAAUCAGUUUACAAUUGUAAUGACAUGUCUAAUAUACAGUAGCUAAAUAUAUAUACAUAUAUAUAAACAUACAUAUACAUAUAUUACAAAUUAAUCCACUCUCACAGCAUUUAGAUAUUGUGAGAAUGUAUAUUUUUAAGUCCCCAUACAGAAUUUAGAUUGUUUUUAGCCCUUGUUCCACAUGCCACCAAGCCUUGGUACAUGUCCCCUGUUCAAAAAGCAGCAGGAACUUCUUUUGUAUCACAGGAUUUGCUUUCUCUACAAACACAAAAACAUGGGCGCACACACGCACACACAGUGCUGAUGUUUCUCUGCGAUCAUGUUCACCAGUUAGUCUCGAUUCCAUGAGGUUCUGUUCAUUAGGUUUCCAAUGCCACUGCAUUUCUGGACAACAUAUUUGGACAUUUUGUAAAUGAAUGUGUGCCAACUCGUUUUAUUUUUGGGACUCUUUCUAAAUAAAAAAAGUGACUAAUAA